AUGGAGCACCCUCUCCAGCUACUGACAGAAAACACCACAAACGGCAAAAAGGUACAGAUACUACUGGAGGAGCUCCAGGAUAUAUACGGCAUCUCGUGGGCCACGCACCUCAUCGACCUCGAAACAGACGAGCAGAAGAAGCGCUGGUUCCUUCGCUUGAAUCCUAAUGGCCGGAUCCCAGUACUCCUGGAUGUCGCUGAAGACGGCUCCGUAAUCUCCAUCUUCGAGAGCUCGGCAAUCCUAACCUACCUGCAAGAACAUCACGAUCCGCGCAACGUCUUUGGCUUCGGAUCCGCAUCUGAAAGGAGUCAGGCGCUUCAGUGGCUCUUCUUUUGGCACUCGUCUGGCCCGGUGCAAGGCCAUACUAGGCAUUUCGUGGAAGGAGUUCCCGAGCCUGCACCGUAUGCAGCGCGAUACUUCCAAGCCGCCAUGCUUCGCAUAUACUCCGUCCUAGAGGCGCACCUCAGCGGACAGCAUAGCGGCCAUUCUCGCCAAUACUUGGCUGGCCACGGCAGAGGAAAGUACAGCAUCGCCGAUAUGGGCACCUGGCCUCAUGUUCGCGCGUACCUGUCGCUGGGGUUCUCGGAGGAGGGCGACAUGCGGCCCCGUUUCCCCCAUCUUCUGCAGUGGAUUGACCGGAUUGCAGCGCGGCCGCCGGUGCAGAGAGGCGUCGAUGCGGGCAAGUACGACAGCGAGGAAAAUCCGGGGCUCCGCGUACGGGCUGAAUAG